GCGGCAUUAUGGCGACUCAGAAUGCGCUACCUCCGCUUUCCCAGGACUGGAUCCGCAAGAAGAGUGCUGGCAGCGUCCGGCAGUUGCAGUCGACAGCAUCGUCGUCCGUUCGCAAGUUGAACAUGCCUCACAGUGCGUCCUUCACUCGCACCAACGCGAGUCCAAUUGGCAGUCCGUCGUGUGCAAUUGAGUUCCUAAACGCCCAACAAUUGAUUCGUCCAACAUCGAGCUCGACUUCCCAGCCAAAUGGGAGUGAGCACACUACUCCGUCGUUAACGUCGAGGGAGUAUGACGCCGAGAAUGCCAUGCCAAGGAACCCCCACCACCCUCAGUCCGACAAUGCCAACGAAAACCAACUCGCAGACGUGAUGUAUGACGACGAUGAAGGAGUUAAGAGCACCGUUCAUAAUCACCUUCAAGGUGGUGGGGGCGUGACAGACAGAGACUCGACUAGCGCCGUGCACGUCGAGCUCCAGCGAAUGAACCAAGCCAACGCUUUGUUAAAGUUGGAAAUCUCGCGCUUACAAGAGUCUCUUAUGCAGCGACUUCGCGGGAAUGCAAAGUUUGUGGGCGGCGGACAGUUCCGGUCCAUGGCGCAGUCGGUCGCGCCCGCCAGCCCCAAAACGUCAACGUGUUCAAACUGCUUUAACGCACGCGCCGCCUUGAAAAAAGCCAAACUGGACCUCAAAACCCACAAACCCGCGCUUGAUGCCUUGCAAGCCAAGAUUUCAGAAAGUUUAGCGGCUCGAUAUCACUUGACCGAAGCUAACGCGCGGGCCAACGACACGAUCGCAUCACUUCAAGCCGAACUGCAUACAGUCAAGGAAUCAGCAGUCGAACAAGGAAACCUCGUGGAGAAGCUAAGACGAGAUCUGGACCAACAAAGCAACACCGGUACUGCCGCCUCCUCGGCAGAGUCCCCACCACCCCCGCUACUCGAUGACACUUUGAAACAAAAGUACCACAUUCAAGUGCAGAUUAGCCUCGAAAAGCAAGCCCAGAUUGACCAGUUGAUACUGGACGCGACCGCUUCGAGCGCCAACGUUCGACACAUGCAACGCGAUAUGGACACGUUGCGUCACGACCAGGACCAAGUGAAGGCGUCGUUAAGCAUGUGCGAAAGCCAACUACGUCAAGAACUCGACCGAGCUAACGCCGUCAGCAUCAAGCAUCAUGCAGACAUGACGUCCCUUAGACAAACACUAGAUACAGGUCAUCUUACGGCCGCGAGGGAUGCGGAUGCGUGGCACGCGCGGGAGAAAUCACUACUGGACCAAGUGCUUGCAUUGACUCAAGAAAGAGAUGCGCUGAUCGACCGCCUCGAGCGGGCCGAAGCCAGCCACAAGCAGCACCUGCAAGACAUGCAGCGGGAGAGUCAGCACCUGCAGUUGCUGCGGCGAAAGAGCUGUGGCGAUGUGGUGGAUCUGACCAACAAGUACGACGCAGCGUUAACGACAGUGGCAACUCUCCAGAAAGAGCGAGACAUGUGGCACCACGAGCAGCGGGCGGCGGACGACACGAUUGAACGGAUGGCGAGCGAGCUCAAGACGAACCACAUGCAGUUGGAGGCCCUGGAGCAGGCUGUGCUAGCGCAAAAGUGCGAGAAAAGCGGGCUCGAACUCAAACUCACCAAACUCGAAACCACGUACACGACGCUGUGCCAAUCCCAUAGCCAAACCGUGGCAGACCUGAAAGAUCAUAUGGACAAACUGACUGUCGCCCAAACUCAAGUGAUCAAACAAAGAAGUCAAGUGCAUGCGCUGCAAGUGGAGCUCAAGGCGACCAACGCGGACAAGGAUGCGGUGCACGACAAGCUCAUGGAACAGCAAGCGACCCAUACCAAGGCCUUGGAAAAGGCAAUGCAAUCCCUCGUCCGACUGUGCGUCGUAGCCCCCACGGUGAACGUGCACUUGUCUGGUCAGAUUUUGCCUUGUAAAACCGUCCUUCCCAAGGAUGCAAUUCGAACGAUAGUCCAGCGCGAUAUCCUGCCGGUGUUUUCGUCUAUCUUUUUACAAGACCAAGAAGGCACGAGUCCGACGGGAUCGUCGUUGGAUUCGUGGCUGCAGUCGUUGCUCAAAGAAAUGCAAACGUCCAUCGAAACGCACCUCAAGAACGUGUUUCAAGUGUAACAAACCUAAAACUCAUUAUCUUUGAAUUGACUA